GUAGUACCAAUCCACCAUUACUGGGCUGAGCCAGCGCCGGCCCGCCCUAGUCUUGAGUGGAGGAACGGGAGAAGUAAGUAGGAGGGAGGGUAGGUACGACGUCGCGAGAGGGAAAAGUGCAGCCUUGUUGCCGUGCUGCCCAUUUUGACUUCUUUCCUCACCCGCCACCCUGCAUCUUCACCUCCCGCCGCGGCGGCGGCGGCGGCCAAGAAGCGCGAGGCCGGGAAAGUAACGCGGCGAGUUAAAUGCGUGCUCCCAGAUUCCUUUGACUGCUCUGCCGCCAUCACCGGGGCGAAUUGAUCCGUCCGGCGAGCCGCUGAAAAUCAAGAUUCCCCUUGCCUUUCCGCGUCUCUUCCACGCCCGGCCGGUUGAACGCCCGCUUGAUAUCCGUCGCUAUCGGCUUUCAUUCCUUUGGGACAAGUGCCAGCCCCUUUUGGUUCUUGGCGUUGAGGAGGGCCGGAGCCCUACCGAGACCACCGUAGGCUAGCAAUCCCUCCCUGGAGACGAGCCGAGGCGAUGAGCAACAAGAGCGGCGGCGUGCGGUUGCAAUGCGCGGAGGCGACGGCAGCGGAUUGGGGCUGCUGCUUCCUCUCCCUCUCCGUGCCACCACCUCCACCUGCGGCUCCCUGUGACGCAGAUAGCAAUGGUGGAUUCAACCUGGCAUGGACCCUCCACCAGUCCUUCCACCCACCCGCUGGUCUCUUUGCCAGCGUCGGCCACAAGGUGGGGGUGUGCUUCCCGGCCUCCUCCUCCGGCGCCGCAUCGUCGGGAAACCCCCGAGACCCGCUCAGAAAGUACGUUUCACCGGAGGCCGUCGAAACAUCCCUGCCGGUGCCGGGUGACGGAGUGGGGUUGCGGGGGAAGGGGAAGAAGAAAGCGGUGAGGAUCAAGAUUAAGGUUGGGAAUUCACACCUCAAGAGGCUCAUCAGUGGGGGGAUUGCAGGAGCAGUGUCAAGGACAGUUGUGGCGCCUUUGGAGACGAUUAGGACACAUUUGAUGGUCGGCAGCAAUGGGAAUUCAUCUACGGAGGUGUUUGACUCCAUCAUGAAGAAUGAAGGAUGGACUGGGUUGUUCCGCGGCAAUUUUGUUAAUGUCAUUCGAGUCGCCCCGAGCAAAGCAAUCGAGCUUUUUGCCUUUGAUACAGCUAAGAAGUUCCUAACCCCCAAAUCUGGGGAAGAACAGAAGAUCCCAAUCCCUCCUUCACUAGUGGCAGGAGCUUUUGCUGGUGUCAGCUCAACUCUGUGUACAUACCCUCUGGAACUAAUUAAGACUCGAUUAACCAUACAGAGAGGUGUGUAUGAUAACUUCCUCCAUGCAUUUGUGAAAAUUGUCCGUGAAGAAGGCCCUGCUGAGCUGUAUAGAGGCUUAACCCCAAGUCUAAUCGGAGUGGUGCCAUAUGCAGCAACCAACUACUUCGCGUAUGACACCCUUAAGAAGGUGUACAAGAAAAUGUUCAAGACAAAUGAAAUCGGCAACGUUCCAACCCUGCUCAUUGGGUCUGCUGCAGGAGCCAUCUCAAGCACUGCCACAUUUCCUCUCGAGGUUGCCCGCAAGCACAUGCAAGUCGGAGCUGUUGGCGGCCGGAAGGUAUACAAGAACAUGCUUCACGCUCUCCUGACCAUUCUCGAGGACGAAGGGGUUGGGGGCCUCUACAGAGGACUGGGGCCUAGUUGCAUGAAGCUGGUGCCUGCUGCUGGGAUUUCGUUUAUGUGCUACGAAGCUUGCAAGAAGAUACUGAUUGAGGAAGAGAACGAAUGAAGCGUUCUUCAACAGCGGCGUCAUAAAGGGGUAGUGGCUUAAAUUUUGUUUGCUGAUCCUAUGAUGGAUCUGAAUCUGAUCCUGGGGCCUUCCUCCCAAGAUACCAGAGCUCAGUUUCGCGACGGACAGCGGGGAAACUUUUGGCCUCCUUUGAAUGAAGUUACCUGACUAAGCUCAAUAACUGUUGCUACAAGAUUUCAAACUCUUUCUUUAGUCUCAGCUUGCCCUGACAAAAAGUUACAUAUGUUUCCAGUUUGCUUUGGGAUACUAUAUGCAUGAAUGAAGCGUGUGUUUUUUAGGAAGUCUUUGUUAGGGGGUAUAUGAAACCAGUGAAAUUAACUCCGGAGACAUCAAAUUUUACAUGAUUGACAUCAAGAUUUAUCUUUUUCA